UCGAGUUUUAAGAACAAAGAUGAACGUGCGGUGAAGAGAGUUAGAGAGAGAAUGUGCACCAACUUUUUUAUUUAUACGACACUUUUCUUGGCAAAAAAAAGUUUUUUAGUGAUCCCCACGGUGCGAAGAACCCCCUUAAAGUCUUAAAAACCCAGUGAGAUGUGAAACCGUUCCCACAACAGUGAACAAGAUAUAAUUUUUAAUAUAAAACCUAAAAAAAUAUUUUUUGGGCCGGCACUUCUCAACAGAAAGGCGUAGACGAGAAUAACAAUAAUUCGGUGGGUGUUAUAGAAAAGAAGAAAAACAUUCAAUGUAUUUGUUAAUCUAAUCUAAUCAACACAUUAAUUUCGUUCUAUUUAAACACAAAAUACAAAAAUGAAAUCUAAAAUAACAACUUAAAGAAUCCUCAAACGAAAUUUAAAAAGGAAAAAUGGGUAAUAAAAAUAGUUGUUGUUCAAAAAAUAGUCCCCAAACGGACAGACACCGUGUGAUCCUUCCAAUUGAUUGCCAAUCACGAGAAGGUGAGACAAGUACGAAUAAUCUACAACACAUCAGUGAAAGAGAACCUGAUGACGGUGAAUUAGAUCCGUCCAAAGAUCCCAUGGCCAAAACCUUAUUUAUGGAGCGAUCAAAAACAGCCAUAGAAAAUGGUUUAAUUCGUCGAAAAAGUCAACACCAAAUUGCGGAUUUAAGACCGUUAAAAAAAAGCAGCUCUUGUUCUACCAUUUAUUUGGAUGACAGCACAGUUUCUCAACCAAAUUUAAAAAAUACAGUUAAAUGUAUUGCCUUAGCCAUUUAUUAUCACAUUAAGAGUAGGGAUUCCGAACGAACUAUUGAUAUAUUCGAUGAAAAAUUGCAUCCAUUAACUAGGGAUGGUGUUAGUGAUGAUUACGAUAAAUAUAAUCCGGAACACCGUCAAAUAUAUAAAUUUAUUAGGACUUUAUUUAAUGCUGCACAAUUAACAGCUGAAUGUGCAAUCACUACUUUAGUAUAUUUGGAAAGGUUAUUAACUUACGCCGAAUUGGAUAUUGCACCAUCUAAUUGGAAAAGAAUCGUUUUAGGAGCAAUCUUAUUAGCAUCAAAAGUUUGGGAUGAUCAAGCAGUAUGGAACGUUGAUUACUGUCAAAUUUUAAAAGAAAUCCCAGUAAAAGACAUGAACGAACUCGAGCAUGAAUUCCUUCAAUUACUUCAAUUUAAUAUUAACGUCCCCGCAAGCGUCUACGCGAAAUACUAUUUCGACUUGCGUACAUUGGCGGAAGCGAAUGAUUUGUCAUUCCCAAGUGAACCAUUAAGUAAGGAUCGUGCUCAAAAAUUAGAGGCGAUGUCGCGCGUUAUGGAGGAUAAAUACGCAGCGGAAGCUUUGAAAAACGGGUUGAAGAAAUGGUCCAGUUUGGACAAUAUUAAUUCAUCUGGCGGACCCGGAGCUCGUAGAAGCAUUGCAAUUUUAUCGUGAUUAAUAAUUAUUAGACUGUAUUUUUAUUUUCUUUUUGUGUAAGAUUACUUUUUUUUGAAUUAUAAAGGAGUUUAUAAAUUUAUUAAGGAUUUUGAGUCAAAGCGGGGUUGGAAAGUUCUUAAUUGAUGUUAAGUAAAACGUAUUUUUUGUGUGUUUAGGAUUGAUAUCUUUUUGAUUUGGAUUUAGUGAUGAAGAUGACGUGAAAUGAAACGCUCUAUAUUAGUCUAUAUAUACUUUUAUUAUUAUAUUUUUUUAUAUUAUGUAACAAAAAAAUGAUGUAUUUAUAUAUAUUAUUAUAUAAUUGGAAAUGCCAAAGUAUUGCUAGUUAACUACUAAAGGAUGGUUUGUUCUUCUUUUCUUUGUAUUUAAAAUCGCUAUUUUCCUUUCAUAUUUUUUCUUUGUAUUGUCACGCAUAUUUACAUUUGUAGACAUCUUAUUUUUAUACAAUUUGCCAAAUGUACAUAAUAACGUAAUUGAUUAUUUAAGUAAACUAAAGACUAGAAAUCAGAAUCGAAUUGAAUCGAUUGAAAGAAAUUGUUAAUAAUGCAAAAACGAUCGAAACGAAACACCACAUCAUUCAUUAUUAUUCAUCAAAUAAGUAAAAAUUAAUCAUUUUAAUAAACAUACACAACAUUUCAUUCCAGUAUUUCUAGUAAAAAAUUGUAUUGUAUUUCAAAUUUUUUAUACAUAAUAUUAAAAUGAUAUAAAUAGUAAUUUUGUAGUUGUAUAAAGUGAACAAAUGUAAAAUGCACAAUCAAGCUUAAAAAGUACACACGUCCAUUUAUGUAAUUAAUUAAAAAAAAUAAAAAGUAUUGGAUUUAAA